UGGGAAAGAAUCGAUUUUGUUGAAAUCGCAUGCUGUCAAUCGAGUUUGUAAUUGUGGUUAGUAUUUGUUCGGGCGGUUUUGCGUGAAGACGUACGAUGAGAGAGUCUGUUCAAAGCGGUGUUUAUGUUAAAGGCCAGUCGGUUGAAAAGUCGAGCGCAGCGUUAAAGCACUCAGUCAUGCGAACCGCGAGAAGUUUACGCCGAUGAUCUUCCGGUCCUUUAAGAAUUUCCCGUGUCAUGCGCUACCCCACGAGGUGGACGGCCCCUUUGGCCAAUUUUGUGUGCUAUUUUAUUUUUCUAGGAUUUCUCGUAAUCAUCGGAAAUUGUUCGGAAGAUGAGGAACGUCUGGUGAGAGAUUUGUUCAGGGGGUACAACAAGCUGAUCAGGCCUGUGCAAAACAUGACUGAAAAAGUUGAUGUUAGAUUCGGUCUGGCUUUUGUACAGCUCAUCAAUGUUAACGAAAAAAAUCAAAUUAUGAAAUCGAACGUGUGGUUGCGAUUGGUAUGGAACGAUUACCAAUUACAAUGGGACGAAGCCGAUUACGGAGGAAUCGCAGUAUUAAGGUUGCCACCUGAUAAAGUUUGGAAGCCUGAUAUAGUAUUAUUUAAUAAUGCCGAUGGUAAUUAUGAGGUCCGUUACAAAUCAAACGUCUUAAUUUACCCUAACGGCGAAGUACUUUGGGUUCCGCCUGCCAUUUACCAGAGUUCUUGCACUAUAGACGUAACGUAUUUCCCGUUUGAUCAACAAACUUGCAUCAUGAAAUUUGGUUCCUGGACAUUUAAUGGGGACCAAGUGUCAUUGGCUUUGUAUAAUAACAAAAAUUUCGUCGAUCUGUCGGAUUAUUGGAAAUCCGGAACGUGGGACAUAAUUGAAGUCCCGGCAUACCUCAACAUAUACGAGGGCAACCAUCCUACCGAAACCGAUAUCACUUUUUACAUUAUUAUAAGGAGGAAGACAUUGUUUUACACAGUGAAUUUAAUAUUGCCAACUGUAUUAAUUUCGUUCCUUUGCGUUCUAGUAUUUUAUCUGCCAGCCGAAGCUGGCGAAAAGGUGACAUUAGGGAUUAGUAUUUUACUUUCACUCGUUGUGUUUUUGUUGCUCGUAUCGAAAAUCCUGCCACCGACUUCCUUAGUACUACCACUCAUCGCUAAGUACCUUUUGUUUACGUUUAUAAUGAAUACGGUUAGUAUUCUCGUUACCGUUGUUAUAAUCAAUUGGAACUUCAGAGGUCCUAGAACACAUAGAAUGCCUUCUUGGAUACGUACUGUAUUCCUGAAUUACCUGCCCGCAAUAUUGCUAAUGAAGAGGCCUCGUAAAACCCGCUUACGCUGGAUGAUGGAGAUGCCGGGAAUGGGAGUCCCGCCUCAUCCAUAUGGAUCGCCUGCAGAUAUCCCCAAACACAUAAGGAAUGAUUUUAGCUCGAUCGAAUCGCAAAGCAAGGUCGAAGUGAUGGAAUUGUCUGAUCUGCAUCAUCCGAAUUGCAAAAUUAAUCGAAAAAUUAACUCCGACAUGGGAGUUGGUGUCGGGGCCGAUAGCUGUAGGCGGGAAAGCGAAAGCUCCGACUCCAUACUGCUGUCGCCGGAAGCUUCCAAAGCCACUGAAGCAGUCGAAUUUAUAGCCGAACAUCUACGCAACGAAGAUCUCUACAUACAGACUAGAGAAGAUUGGAAGUAUGUCGCAAUGGUGAUUGACAGACUUCAGCUGUAUAUGUUUUUCAUUGUGACCACUGCCGGUACGGUGGGUAUUUUAAUGGAUGCGCCGCACAUUUUCGAGUACGUAGACCAAGAUCGGAUUAUCGAGAUCUACAGGGGCAAAUAAACGAAUGGGUUGGGUGUGUUUGUUGAAAAUCACAUGGCUUCCACGCGGCCUAUUGGUGUGUCGGUUUUUCGCAUUUAUUUAGUAACUUGAUUGCUAAGUUGUCUCGCGAUUCGAGAAAAAACUCCGGUCGGCCGAAUAUGGUUUCCUUUAUUUGUAAGAGUGAUAAAAACUAUUUUUGUACAUUUUGACACUCUUUUUGUACGUUCCUUUGUGAAACUUCCCGCAUAAACUGACACCAAUCGUUAUAGUCUGGUGGUUUUUCUCGAAUUUCGGGACAGCCGUAUCUUCCAUAAUCGAAAUUUCGACACAGACUAUAUCAAAGCCUAAGUGAUGUUGUUGAAAAAAAAACACUCGAAACCGCUAGAGAGUGAAUCGAUCGAUUUAAAAUUAUGUUCUUUCGCCAAGUGACAAUCGUUAAGUCCGGAGUGAAUCGUCGUCUAAAUAUACUACGUAUAGAAAAAAAAAUUGUUAAUAAAGACGCAAAUGUUUUAGAAAUUGUGUAAAUAGUCAGUUUUAAUUAAAAGUUACUUCGAUUUGGUUGUAAACAAUUUUAAUUCGGAUCUGAUAUUGACUUCUGAUUAUUACACUUAUAAUCGGAGAUUGGUUUGUU